UCUCGCGAGAGCUGAAGUAUCACGUGAAGGUGCCGGUGGACCCCCGAGAGGCUAUCGUCCUGCCACAGUCGCAUCAGCCGCGCGAGGGGGGCGCAAAGUUCUUGGGAGUGUGGCAGCCCCGCGGUCUCCAGCGAGCGCCUCUGUCUAUGUGCCCUCCUCCGCAGGAACCAUGUUCCUCACUGCUCUUCUCUGCCGCAAUCGCAUUCCUGGAAGUCAGUGGAUCGGGAAGCACCGGCGACCGCGGAGGGUGUCUUUGUUGUCGAAGCAGAACAUGAUCCGUCGCCUGGAGAUCGAGGCGGAGAACCACUACUGGUUGAGCAUGCCUUACAUGACCGCGGAGCAGGAGUACCGCCACGCCAGCGUGCGCAGGGCACAGGCUUUCGAGGCCAUCAAGUCGGCCAGCACUUCCAAGUUCCCCCAGCAUAGAUUUGUUGCUGACCAGCUCAACCAUCUCAAUGUCACCAAGAGAUGGUCCUAACCCUGAGCCAUCACAUUAAGAUUUUACAGAUAACUGGACUGCCCUGUCUUCUCCUGGUCCUGGAACUAAAAACAAACAGCAGCAACAACAACAAACAACUUGUAGUUUCUAUUAAAAUAUGAACCUUUGGGCCAGAAUCUUAUUAAAACAAACAUGAGUUUAGUGGUCUUGGCUUAUAAAUUAUCUGGGGCUCAAAACGCCUUAAUAUCUAAAAGCGUAAUCACUGACCUAAUGUGUUUUGUUUCUUUAACCUGACAGGGAGAUAUCAGGGAUUUCCUGAGUCAUUAAUGAUACAAACUAUUUUACCUGAAAGCUGUAAUAAAAUUACAAACUAUGA